UGCUUGCAAUUCUCAGCUAUUCCUGAAUAAACCCACUUUGCUGGUAAAAAUAACUGGCUGUUUGAACACUUGUGUACAAGUUUUGUAUGCACGUAUGUUUUCAUUUCUCUUGGGUAGAUAGCUAGAAGGGGAAUUGCUGGUCACAUGGUAACUCUGUGUAACUGUUGGAGGAGUUGCCAGACUGUUUUUUCAACGUGACUCAGGGAUGCAUGUUUUUGCAGGGCCGGGCUACAUUAACAAAUGGAGUCACCCCAAUUCGGCAUGUUCACACCAUUCUGUCCACCCAAUUUCAGGGGAUUCCGCCAAAGAACUACCACCGGCCACCCUAUAGGCUAGACUCUGGAGCUCCAGGUGGCAUCUGGUCCAUCGCUGGUGGGAUAAAGGGUCGGGAAGCGCCCUAAAGGAGGACCGGCCGACUCCACCGGGAAGGCGCUCCAGAGAAGCGCUGCCGAAGUUGGGGGGCCAGGCUGGGGGCCACGCUCCGGUCAGGCAGACUGAGGAGGAGGGUCUACGGUAGCCCCUCUGUGUCUGGUGGUUUUGGAGAGACGCCACUCCACUCCGCCUGUAGGCUCCGGUUACCUAGCAACCAGGCGGCAUCCUUCCCAGCAAGCACUGCAUCUAACUCAUAAGGUCGGAGACUACGAGGCCCAGCAUGCCCCGCGGCCCAGGCGCGCGGACUACAAGUCCCACAACGCACCGCCCACCCUUUCCUCGCCGCCCCCUUCCCCUACUCUCCUGAGACCCCGCCGGCAAUCGCCGCGACCCCUUCCCGGCGCUCCCAGCGCCGUACGCGGCACGUUCGCGGUGACCCGGUGUGCGUGAGGUCAAGGCGCGGGGCGGAGCGGCACAGGGCCCAGGCGCCAUGCGGAGGGGCGAGCGCAGGGGCGCCGGGGGACCGCGGCCGGGGUCCCCUGUGCCCGUAGGCAAGGCGUCGCUGGAGGAGCCGCCGGACGGCGCGCCCUCGGGCCGCCGCAGCACCGAGUCCGAGGUCUACGACGACGGCACCAACACCUUCUUCUGGCGCGCGCACACCUUAACCGUGCUCUUCAUCCUCACCUGUGUGCUUGGAUACGUGACUCUGCUGGAAGAGACGCCUCAGGACACGGCCUAUAACACCAAGAGAGGUAUUGUGGCCAGUAUUUUGGUUUUCUUAUGUUUUGGAGUCACACAAGCUAAAGACGGGCCAUUUUCCAGACCUCAUCCAGCUUACUGGAGGUUUUGGCUGUGCGUCAGUGUGGUCUACGAGCUGUUUCUCAUCUUCAUACUCUUCCAGACUGUCCAGGACGGCCGCCAGUUUCUGAAGUAUGUUGACCCCAGGCUGGGGGUCCCGCUGCCGGAGAGGGACUACGGGGGGAACUGCCUCAUCUACGAUGCAGACAAUGAGACUGACCCCUUCCACAACGUCUGGGACAAGCUGGACGGCUUUGUACCUGCACACUUUCUUGGCUGGUACCUGAAGACCCUGAUGAUCCGCGACUGGUGGACAUGCACGAUCGUGAGUGUGAUGUUCGAGUUCCUGGAGUACAGCCUGGAGCACCAGCUGCCCAACUUCAGCGAGUGCUGGUGGGACCACUGGAUCAUGGACGUGCUCAUCUGCAACGGGCUGGGCAUCUACUGCGGCAUGAAGACCCUCGAGUGGCUGUCCCUCAAGACGUACAAGUGGCAGGGCCUCUGGAACAUUCCAACCUACAAGGGCAAGAUGAAGAGGAUCGCCUUCCAGUUCACGCCCUACAGCUGGGUGCGCUUCGAGUGGAAGCCCGCCUCCAGCCUGCGCCGCUGGCUGGCCGUGUGCGGCAUCAUCCUGGUGUUUCUGUUGGCAGAGCUGAACACCUUCUACCUGAAGUUCGUGCUGUGGCUGCCCCCCGAGCACUACCUAGUCCUGCUGCGGCUGGUCUUCUUCGUGAACGUGGGCGGCGUGGCCAUGCGGGAGAUCUACGACUUCAUGGACGACCCGAAGCCACACAAGAAGCUGGGCCAGCAGGCCUGGCUGGUGGCCGCCAUCACCGCCACGGAGCUGCUCAUCGUGGUCAAGUACGACCCACACACGCUCACGCUGUCCCUGCCCUUCUACAUCGCCCAGUGCUGGACGCUCGGCUCCGUGCUGGUGUUCACCUGGACCGUCUGGCGCUUCUUCCUGCGGGACAUCACCCUGCGGUACAAGGAGACACGGCGGCAGAAGCAGCAGAGUGGUGGUGACAAGGGCAGCGCCGAGGGCAAUACGGACGGGACCCUGCCUGGGCCGGAUGUGCCCACCGGGCCAGUGGAGGCUGAGAGGGAGGGGGCGCCGGCUCUGGACUGACGCUGCCCCUCGCUGCCGCCAGGGGCCUGGGCCUGCUGUCCCUUCGUCCUGUGAUUCCCGCCAGGAGCCUGCCCUCGUGGUGUUUCGUGUGCACAGCGGGGCUCUGAGGAGGGCGUGAAGGAGGCCCUGACCCGGGUUGGUGUAUGUGGGGGGCAUGUGUGCACGUGUACAUGCGUGUGUGCAUGUGUGCGUGUGUGUACACGUGGCAUGUGUGCACGUAUGCGUGCUUGUGUGCACGUGUGUGGCGUGUGUGUGCACGGACACAUCUGUGCUCCAUGCUGGCUCCUGAGACUUCUCAAGCUGGCAGGCAUGGUGGGGGCUUGCCCUGGGUUCCCUGGGUCCCAUUUCUGUAUGGUUGGCCCACACCAAGCCCUGGUGGUCAGACGGCCUGGCUCUUUCUCCCCACUGGCCCCCCUUGGCCCCAUGGCCACACGUAUUAGUGACGAUAACCCACGAAUACCAGUGAUGGUAGAGGUGGUGUGCACCGGAGCUGCAGCCGUGAGCCAUUUCCUCAGGAGGCUUCCUGGAACCCAGCUAACCUGGGGGUCGUGGACAGGGCCGACGUCACCAGGGGCACCGGGUCAGGAACUCCAAGGCCUGGUGCCCUGGGUCGGGAGGAGGGAGCGUGGGGUCUCUGGCCCAAGUUGGUCAUCUCCAUGAGCGAACAGAACAAAUAAACCGAGGAUGGCCUGCA